AACAUAUACAGAAUAGUUAUUCGCGCAUGAGAUUUGAUCGAUUAACAUUGUGUAUCUAGGCGACGGAGUUUUUUUUUCAUAUUUUUUGUUUUGAAUUUUUAAUAUAUUUUUUCGAUAAUUUGAGGUUAAGAUUGAUUUUAAAAAACAAGACAACAAAACUCUUAAAAUAGUUUUGCAAUUUUACAAACAUUUUUGCGUUUCGUGUUGUGGUGCUCAAUCAUUUUUAGGAUGAACGCCUCAAUUUGGACGUUGUUGGUGUGUUUGAUAUCUGUUGCUUCGGCAAAAUUUCCAAAAGAUAUUAAGCGUUGUGCGCCUGGAGACCAGCCUUGUAUAGUAGCCGAAAGUAAUCGAGUGGUUCACAAUAAUGCAAAAGGUCAUCCCGGACUGAAUUUGAUACAAAUUGAUCCGCUGCACAUAUCGGAAAUCACCUUAAAGCAAGGCUCCGACAGUCCCGUUAACAUAGAAUUGAAUUUCAAAGACACAGAUCUGAUUGGAUUGGUAGCUCACAAUAUUUACAGCAUAACAGGAUUCGAUAAAGAUGCUAACGGCGAAUAUGAAAUAAAACUGAAGGGACCGGUACUGAACUUAAUUGGUCCGUACAAAAUUUCCGGACGAGUGUUAAUACUACCGAUUCAAGGUGAAGGAACGAGCAACAUAACAUUAGUUUCACCUGAUCUUUCAAUAAAAUUUACCGGAAAGACCACCACCCGAAAUGGAAAAGAGUACUUGUACACGGACGAUUUGAAGUUGAGUUUUACAAUCCAAAAAUUCAUCGUACAACUGGACAAUCUAUACAACGGCGACAAAUUACUUGGUGACAGUACAAAUUUAUUUUUGAAUGAAAAUUGGCAAGAAAUUUUCAACGAACUUAAACGGUCCAUAUUUGAUGCAUUCGGUUUGAUUAUUGCAAAUUUGAUAAAUCAGAUUUUCAGAAAAAUACCGUACAACGAACUGUUUUUGAAUCAAAGCUAAAACGAUCCGCCGCUGUGUUUUUUAGAUGUGUAACUUUGUUGUUAAGUUUUUUUGAUAUUAGAGAUUUGUCCUA